AUGGACAAAGUUGUGAGGAUAUCAUCAGAGAAAGGAGUGGUUAUAUUCAGUAAGAGCUCGUGUUGCAUGUCCUAUGCGGUUCAAGUUCUCUUCCAAGACCUCGGUGUCCACCCGACCGUCCAUGAGAUAGAUAAGGACCCUGAUUGUCGUGAGAUCGAGAAAGCCCUAAUGAGGCUCGGCUGUUCCACGCCGGUCCCAGCCAUCUUUGUGGGCGGGAAGCUCGUGGGUUCGACCAAUGAAGUCAUGUCGAUGCACCUAAGCGGCACGCUGGUUCCUCUGGUUAAGCCAUUUCAGGCCAAUCUAUGUUAG